AUGUCUGAGUUUGAAGUGAGCGUUCACACCUCACCUGGUCCCACCUGUGGAACCUUCAGCCGCCUGUGGCUCAGUCUGAUUGGAUCGCAAGGCGAGACUCCGCCCUUCAGCGUGAAUGAAGGCGACCGCCGUCUGCUGCCGGGUUCGACGUGUACAGUUCUGGUUCAAUCCAACGGCUCUCUGGGUCGUCUGGUUCUGGUUCGGCUCCGUUUGGAGGUUCGACCCGGAUUCCCCGCCUUAGACUGGCACUGCAGCCGGGUGGAGGUCUGCCGUUUGGCUGACAGACAGGAGGGGGCGGAGCCAGAAACUCAGGUGUUCCUGUGCGACAGGUGGCUGCAAACAGCAGACGAAGGAGUGGAGCUGAGGAGUGGGAAGUUGUGUUUGCUGCAGGACGAGACAGAAGAGAAGCUGAAGCAGCACCGACUGCGACAGCUGCAGCGACAGCAGGAACUCAUCAGGUGGCGAAUGAUUGUCGACGGCGCUCCUCAAAGUGUCGACAUGAACAGCGUGUCCGAACUCAUGCCAAACCUCCGCUACACUCGCAAAAGUUCAGGUGCCGACCUGACCUACCUAAAGGGCUUCACCUGCCGAGCCGAAACCUGGACGAGCUUCUCAGAGCUGGAGACUGUUUUUAGCCACAGUGGACACCAGAACAGCAUCGCCAGGUUCGUUCAGGCUCACUGGAAGGACGACUGGUAUUUCGGCCACCAGUGUUUGAACGGCAGCAACCCUCUGCUGCUGCGCCAGACCCGCCUCCUCCCUCCAAACCUAUCCAUCACCGCCGGCAUGCUCCAGCCCUUCCUGCGCGAAGGCUCCUCCCUUCAACGCGAGCUCCAGGAAGGGAGGAUUUACCUGUUGGACUACGAGGUUUUGGACGGCGUCCCGACCAACGUGGUCAAUGGGAAGCAGACAUACCUGUCGGCGCCACUGUGCCUCCUUCACCUGAACCAGCAGGGCCAGCUGGUCCCCAUCGCCAUCCAGCUGCAGCAGAACCCGGGUCCUCAGAACCCGGUCUUUUUGCCCUCUGACCCCGGCUCUGAUUGGCUGCUGGCUAAGAUCUGGGUUCGUGCCGCCGACUUCCAGUGUCACCAGCUGGUGUCCCACUACCUGAAGACCCAUGUGAUGGGGGAGCUGUGCUGCGUGGCAACGCUGAGGCAGCUGCCCGAUCUGCACCCGCUACACCAGCUGUUGAUGCCACAUGUUAAGACGUCGCUGCAGAUUAACCUUCAGGCCAGAGCGUCUCUGCUGGCAGCUGAUGGUGUGUUUGAUAAGGCGAUGGGCUCCGGUCUGAAGACGUUACCCGUCCUCCUGUCCCGGGCCUCGGCCAGGACCACCUAUCGGUCCCUGUGCGUCCCCGAUGACCUGGAGGACCGCGGUUUGGGCAACCUGCCACACAGCUACUUCGCUCAGGACGCACUGAGGGUCUGGGACGCACUACACAGGUUUGUGGUCAGUUGGGUGAAUGUUUAUUACAGCAGAGACGAUGACGUUCAGCUGGACUCAGAGCUUCAACACUGGAUCACAGAUAUCAACACACAUGGCUUCACACACAACUCAGGUUUCCCUCAGUCCUUCAACACCAAAGCUGAAGUGUCCAAGUUUGUCACGAUGAUCAUUUUCUCGUGUUCAGCUCUGCACUCUGCUGUUAACUUCUCACAGCUGGACUUCGCUCUCUGGAUGCCCAACUGCCCGGCGGCCAUGUUGCGUCCUCCUCCGCAGGUCAAAGGCGGCAUGACGGAGGACGACAUCCUGUCCUUCCUGCCCGACAUCAACUCCACGUGUCGUGUCCUGAUGACGCUGGUGAUGCUGUCGCAGCCCGCCCACGACUCUGUUCCUCUGUGUCACUACAAUGAGGCCAUCUUUGCAGACGGCGUCCACCGCAGGCUGGUGGAGGAGGUGCAGGGUCAACUCACCGCCAUUUCUGAAGACAUCGCUGAGCGCAACAGCCGGCUGGAGCUGCCAUAUCCGUACCUCUGUCCAGCACACAUCGAGAACAGCGUUGCCAUUUGACCUCAUCCGACAGCAGCAAUUAUUGAUGACGAAGGCAACAACUCACAAUCUUCACUAUCAAUUAGUCGAUCCUAUUGUUUUUUAAUCAAAUUAAUGUUCUGUAAAAUGUCAAAAAUCAUAUCUAGUGAUUGUUUUAGCUCAUAAUAACAAAGCCCCAGCAGUCAAAGAAUACUGAAGUGGUACAAUUCUACUUCAGUGCAACAAUCAGAGUAAUAUGUCAUGUUUCUGGAUGAAAACCACAUGUUUAUGUGCUUUUAAAGGUAAAACCAGUAUCAAUGAGUUGAAUUUUCUUCAUGUGAUCAGUAGUUAUUUUAAACUCCAAUAAUACACCUUGAUUUGUUUCCAGAUUACAUUCUGUUGUUAAUCUGAAUCUAAUCACUUGGAGUGCAGUAAAAGUGCAGUAAGUCUGGAUGUACUGGAGAAGAAAUAUAAAGUGGUGAAAAAUUAAAGUCCAGGCACCUCAAAACUGUACAACUGCAUCUGCACACAUGCAAGUAAACGUGAAUAAACAAAGCAGAUUCAUAAAAUUAAACACAAACCAACAUGUCAGUGUGGUUUGAAUUCAUUGGUUUUUCUCGUGUAAUUUUAUAGGAUUUUAAUUCUUAUAGUAAAUUUAAAUGACUAAUGAUACUGUAGCCUUAAUGUAUUUAAUUGAGUCACAUAAAUUAGUCUUUGAUCUAAUAUUGCAGGGUCUUAACGGCGAUAUUUAAAUGUGUACAA